ACGCAUGGCAGUUUAGAGGAAGGAGUCGAGGCGGGAGGAGUGCCGUAUCGAUCUCUGGGCCAAGGGGGAGGCGUCUAGUGAAGGAAAAGGCCUAUAUUCCCUUCAUCAUGGCCGGGGCAAUCAUUGAAAACCUGAGCGGCCGGAAGCUGGGGGUGCUGAUAGUGUUCCUGAUGGUGUGCCAAGCCGUGUGCUUCCUCGUGGGGGCAUUGAUCGCCCCAGCACCUUCCACUGCCAUGCCUGUGCUGGGAACCAAGUGCAUCGACAAGAACUACAGCAAGGAAAAAUGGUACUUCCCACGGGGCAAGAAACGCUGCCGCUCCAUCUCCAACCUGAAUGAUCCGCAGGUGGAGAACGAGAACAUCAACGCCAACAACAUCAUCUUCGCCUUCCAGAUUCCAUCCCCAAAGGACAAGGUCGAGCUGGACUACUCCCGCUGGCACCAGAACCUCCUGUCCAUGAUGCACCUGGACAUCUUCUAUGACGAGGCAGCCAAGUUUGACCCCAAUGCAAAGAUGACCAUCGACGGCCGACUCGGCUACCGCAACAAGAAUGACCCGCACCACAAAUGGACGGAGUACGCAGCCUCGGUGGAGGAGAGGACGCUAGACUGCUCCAUCAACCCAGAGCACAAGAAGGAGGAGUACAUAUACAACUGCUCCCUGGUGCCGAUGUUCGAGCUCGGGUCCCUCCACCAUGACUUCUACCUCCUGAACAUCCGCCUCCCCACACACGAUGACAAGGAGCCGUGGGGGGAUGGGACCAAUGAGGACCUGGGGAGGCUGAUCGAUAUGUGGGUGGUGUUCAUCCACCAAAACGGCGGCUUCACCAAGGUGUGGGUGUCGCUCAAGACCAUCUUCUUCCCGACCAUCGUGGCCAUCAUGGUGUGGUUCUGGCGCCGCAUCUCCCAGCUCACUCGCCCCCCGGCCCUCCUGGAGUACAUGCUGAUGGUGCUUGGGUCGGCCCUCACCCUCCUCAACUGCCCGCUGGAGUACCUGACGCUGGUGUACGACUGUCCCUGGAUGACGGUGGUGAGCGACAUCCGGCAGGGGCUCUUCUACGCCUCGCUGCUCUCCUUCUGGCUCAUCUUCACCGGGGAACAUCUGAUGGACGACAUCGAGAGGAACCGCCUUCGUGUGUACUGGCGUCACCUGAGCGCCGUGCUGGGGGGCUGCCUGUGCCUCUUCAUCUUCGACAUGUGCGAGCGAGGCGUGCAGCUCCGCAACCCCUUCUACUCCAUCUGGGUCACCCCCAUCGGCACCAACCUGGCCCUCGCCUUCAUCAUGCUCGCCGGCAUCUGUGCGGGACUCUACUUCUGCUUCCUCUCCUACAUGAUUUGGAAGGUCUUCAUCAACAUCAGCAGCAAGAGACAGUCCCUGCCCGCCAUGUCCACCGCCCGCCGCCUUCACUACGAGGGCAUCAUCUACCGCUUCAAGGUCCUCAUGCUCGCCACCCUCCUCUGCGCGGCCAUGACUGUCAUUGGCUUCAUUCUGGGACAGGUGUCUGAGGGCCAGUGGUCAUGGGACGAGAACAUCAAGCUGGAGUACACGAGCGCCUUCUUCACCGGCGUGUACAGCAUGUGGAACAUCUACACCUUCGCCCUCAUCUGCCUGUACGCGCCCUCACACAAACGCUGGCCCAAGGACCAAGACUGGGCAGUGUCAGACAACUGUGGUCUAGCUUCCAUACACGGAGCACUCUUGGCACGAGACACGCAGAGCAGCACAGGCGAGGAGAUCGAGUUCAGCAGACUGGCCACGGAGCCCACGGAAAUGUCCUCUAUCACCGCCUUCGCCCAGAAAGCCGCAUCAGAUUAAAGAAGGAAUACUCGAAGAUGUGAAGAAAAGGGGAAGGGGAGGGAGAGGCACACAGAAGAGGAGGAGGAGAAAGAGAUGAAAGGAGAACUGAGUGAUGCCAAUACGAUGAGAGGUCUUUUUAUUACAUGGCUUGUCUCUGAAGGUAAAGCAUGCACUCAGUGGGUCCUAUUUUGGGGUGGGAGGGGGAGGAGAAGGUGUGUGUGUAUGUGUGUGUGUGUGCGCGCGUUAUUUAUACAUGUAUUUUUAGAGCCUACGUAAGAUUUGUAACUGAAGGAAGGUAAAAAAAAUAGGUUAGAAAAUGCACAAAAAAGAGUUGCAGUGAGCGCGGCGGUGGUGAUUUUUAUGUACAAUUUUGGACGUUUUGUAUGAAUUGAUAUUACCGAUCAGGCAGCUGCUUUUACCUCUCGCAGUUUGUAAUGUUAAAGUGAAAACCUACUUAAAAAAAAAGACUGUGGAGUGGGAAGGAGGAUGGAGAUGAAUAUUCAAUUUUUACAGAUCUUUACACACACUUUUUUUCUUUUUUUUUAUUGUAAGUAGAGUCUAUAGCGCCAGAAGGUAGGCAGGCUCUCUUGAGGGGCCUCUCGGACGACCCCAGCCCGUUAGCGGCGCAGGCGAAUUUUAUUUUAAGUGGCUGCGUUUUGUCGUAAUGUUUUUAUUGUUCAAGCGAAUAAAGAGCAAAGCCUCUGGUGGGGGAGAGAAAACGAGACAGGCUUCUCAUCCCCCUGAAGACGUCUGACACACACGCCCAAAACCCACAAUAGAGAAAGAAUAUUAGUUCAUCUCACGGCUCGUAAUCACACUCUGUACACUUAGAACAAUACUGUCGCCCUUGUAAGCAACUGCAUAAGUAAUUUUUCCUAUGUCUCGGAAAAUUGAAAAAAACUCAUAUUCACACCGGCUUUUGAUAUAGGCAGAAACGUUAAGAAUAAUUUUGGAACACACGCCUUGAAUAACAAAAAUCUGGAAAUCACCGAAAAAUGACAUAGGCAGUUUGUUUGCAAGGGUGAUGACAUACCACAGGGGUGACCCACUUAGAUAUACAAAUAAUUAUCCUCAGAAAACUAAUAUAUAUAUACACACAGGAUAGGUGGACAGUAUUAGUACCAUAGAUCAUAAACCUUACUACAACUACUACCAGUAAUUCUAGCUAGUGAUAAACCGCUUCGUGAAUGACCUUAUGUAUACUAGCUGUUGAUUUGCUUCCUUAUACAAUUAGCGUAGAGCAUCACGAAGGGCCGACAAACCCUGUGUAUCGCUGUUGCUGUAGCCGAGGUUGUGGUGGGCAACAGACACCAGCUGGGACAUUACUUAGUGUUGCUUGAACCCAAAACUGUGGAACUCAAAUCAAAACAGAAAGGAGAGACUGUCAUCCCGGCGAGAGCGUUCCGUCUUGCUGAUGCUGGACGUGUUUGUUCCUUGGCAGCACCACGGAACAGAACUCUUCUUGACUGGGGCUGCUUGUGGCUUCCCUGCAUUUCCCUCCUUACUUGCUAUUGUGGAGGAAGGCUACUGCUUCUGUGGUUGCCUGUGAAGUUGGCCGUCCCAGGUGAAGUACCCGAGCAUGGUGUUAUUCAGGAUGAUGCUGUGGUCAUGUGCUGGGUCCCUCUGUGCCCAGUAUUUUUGGGGCCAGUUUUACAGUCCAGUACAGCAAGUUCGUAAGCUCCCCAACCAAGCACAAAAUACUACAAAAAUUCCUUGUAUUGUCUUUCCGAUUGAUAUAAAUAGGAUUAAAUUUUAGCAGACCACACGGGAAGUCUAUUUAGUAUCUGGUAUUGCGAAGAAAAAACUAAUCAUUGUGGAGAUUAUAGCUUGGUUUGGGCGCUUACAAUGACUCGGUGUUGGACUGUCGAACUGACCCUUUGAGUGGCAGCGGAUUCUUGUACUUGACACAAUCCUGGACGUAGAGGUAGCUAAAGGUGUUGAGCGUCCGGGUGCGCUGCUGACCUCUCCGGCGCCAGCACUAUGGUGUGGGGCCCUGCCUCCUCCACCACUUCACCCCCGUACUUAGUGAUGAGCCUUGUUACCCUGGCACAGAAGUUACAGCCAUUGGUGAUGAAGGUGAGCUGCUCCCCAAGGUUGUUUCAGACAUGGUGUUGAGUCCAGGGGCACAAUGGGAGGAAAAAGGGUGUAGGGAGGAGGAAGAGGAAGCUGCCAUAUACCAUAGUGUCAGUCAGUUGUGGGUGAUGUAAGGAUCGGUGGUGCCAGAAUAGUGCGAGUUCUUUCUUGGAGAGGACCACACUCGCUGCUUUUAGAGAUGGAAGAAGAAUGUAGAAGCAAGCGUAAGGUAGGGAAACAAAUAGAAUGUAAGACUCUACAUUAACAAAGACAGUGGUGAUAAAAAGAGGGUUAGGAGUAUAAUAUUUAGGGCAUUAACAAAAUAAGGAAGAAGGUAACAUAGAACAAAGAGCAAGGUUGAGAAAUGGAGAUGGACAAUUAGAGUAUGUACAAUUACAAAGACAGGAAUGAUGAAAAAGAGAAUUUGGAGAGAGAGGAAAGUGAGGCUGGCAGAAAGAGAAAUGAGACGAUAGGUGGGUGGGAAAGAAAGGGAAGGGAAGGGGAAUGGAGGGAAAGUGAGGCUGGCAGAAAGAGAAAUGAGACAAUAGGUGGGUGGGAAAGAAAGGGAAGGGAAGGUGGGGUAAGGGAAGGGGAAUGGAGGGAAAGUGAGGCUGGAAGGGGGAGAAUUUGGAGUAGUAUUAUGCCUGUUUUUAGAUAACAUUAAGGGCAUUAACAAGAUAAGGAGGAAUGUAAUAAUAAUGAUAAUAAUAAUAGUAAGAUAUUAAAAUGAAGACAGUAAUAAUGACAGCUAUAUUCAUGGUAGGCGAUGGGAUAAUGCCUGUUUUUGCAUACCAAAGGGUGAGUGAUUCAAGUGAUGAUAAGGGUGCAGAAUUGCGUAAGAUAAAAAAAGUGAAAUGAUAGUAAUGAUACCUAAAAUUAAUGGUAAGGAAACUAUAUAAUUCUAAACCAUUCUGAGCAGCUCCACAUUAACAAGGGAAUGUACAUAUAGAAGGGUAACCUCAUUGUGUAAGGUACAAGAGUGAAAAUAAUUACAUUGGCGACUAAAUUUAAGAUAGGAAAAGGUAUCUUGCCGAACCAUUCCCAGCAGCUCCACAGUAACAAGGGAAUGUGUAGGAUUACGUAAGGUUAAUGUGACGUAACAUGUACAGCAGACACUCGACCAACCAACCAACUGCCUGGCGUGAAGAGGCAGAACAGCUGGUAUUUGGGGCCACCAACCAGUAAUAGUGUCAACGCCAGUAAUAAUCUUGUGUUACUUGCUCUCUUUCUCUCUCUUUCACGGCACAAACACAUAGUCUGUAAGCAAGGCGUUUCAGCAAUGGUUCGCUAACUAUACUAGCAGCUGACGACUCUUCCGUUCUUUGUGUUUCAUUGCGAUGUUGUAGCGUUCGUGAUAUUGUUUUCUCUAAUCGUGCAUCUACUCCUGUACCUUCCCUCCCUACCUCAACCCUCUCGAUCCGUGCUUCGGUGAAUGGGGCGUGCCUAAGGCUUUCUGGUGUUUGUUAUGUUGAGAAUUUUUAUGAGGAAGGAUAAAAAAUGGUUCGGUCAUCCCUUAUUUGUCUUUUACCGUCUUGUUUUUUCUUUUUGUGGAGGCAUUUUGGGUCAUACAUUAUAUCGAGAGAAGUUUCAUGAGGGAUGACAUCAGUGGUUCAGUCACCCCUCACAGCCCACGUUACAGAUUUGGCCUUUGGGAUGAUCAUGACUGGCCUGCGAGAUAAUGGCUUAACCUAUUUCGUUGUAGGGGAUCACAGUUGAAAAAGCGACGAGACGGGGGAACAGGACAAAAAAGGUUGGGAGUCACUGCUUUAUUCCAUUACAUACAAAUUCCAUCAGUUCAUCGAUAUUGAUCUUUUGCCCUUCAUUAAUUUAGUUGACAUGUCUUAAAAACCAACAUUAAUGCCUCCUGUUUUGCAUGCCAGAGAGUAAGUGAUUCCAGUCCCUCUGCUACUCCUGCAAUACCUCAUUAAUGUACAUAAGGGAGAAGAGGUUUUAGGUGGGUAUGUUCACUAAAGGGGUUAUUACACUGGGCAAAUUUUCCGUGGAUCUUCAGCCAAACCACGAUUUCCGCUGGCGUGGUUCUUAUAUAUCCGUGGUUUUCUGACGUGUCCACGAUCUUCCAAAGCUACGGUAGAUUUCCCUGAAGGACGACGGUAUUACUCACAAUCAUCAUCAUCAGCAAUAACAAGAAACAAAACCACACUAGCGGAAAUCGUGGUUUGACUGAAGAUCUACGGAAAAUUUGCCCAAUGUAAUAGCCCCUUAACUCAACCUUCACCACCUCCUCUCGUGAAUUACCCUCAAGCUUCCAACUGAUCCCGAGACAAGCGCUUGGUAUGUCGUUUUACUCCUCUCCUCGGCCCUGUUCCUAGUGCUAUGGGGGAGUGAGAUUCUCUGUAAGCCAUGAAUUAGAAAUGGCAAUCUUGCAGCCUCCCUACCAAGCACUUCAUACACCCCCCAAUACUUUAAGACUUAGGGGAAUGUCAUCCACUGUAAGACAUGAAUUGCAAGCAGUAGUAAUCUUGCAACAUGUCUACCAUCAUGUCUUGUCCCAUCGCUUCAUUCAGAUUUGAGAAAGGGAAGUCAUGUUGAAUACUAUAACUACUACUACUACUACUACUACUACUAUUCCCACCACUUGUAGGUACUCUGGUGUUAGAUUACUAUUGCUAGUUUAUUAUUACAUUUCAAAUGGGAAUAAAGUCAUGCCUCAAAUAGUACGGUUUCCAAUACUUCGAUUUCGGUUUUAUGUGGAUUUUCAUGGGAGAUUUUUUUGGGAUUUUUAAAUUUCCCGACGAGAAGGAAAUUUAAAAAUCCUUAAAAGGUCUUCCAUGACAAUCCGUAUAAAACUGAAACCAAACUAUUGGAAACUGUACUAUUUGAGGGAUGACUGUAUGUAUGUUCAGCGAUGAUGGGAGUUCCAAUACCACACACUAACCACGAACUUGAAGCUGAAGGAACAGUGACACAUAGAUUUCUUUGCUAUAUAUAAAGUCCAUGUGUAUUAUCCUUCUGUAACAGUAUUUACCUACUUAUGAUAUACAGGAAUGAAAUUUGAACACGCACACACACACACACACACACACACUUACACACACACAUGCUAAGGGCCACAUCAUUAUACAUUUUGUCGCCCAAGCUCACAUUUGACACGGCUUUCGUAGGAGUUGUGGGCCUCUCCAGGGGUAGUUUUUUUUUACCCUGGUGGGAGUUUGACAAGGCCUCUGUACCAUGAACUCUAAAAAACACUCAUGAGGAAGCAUUCUACCUCUUUUUCGCUCUUUAGAAAUAAUUAAUGUGAGUCUGUAACAUCAAAGGGCUUGGUGUCAUAGGGUGGGCGAGGCGACGCACCCCCUGUGUAUGCCCCCACUGAUUGAUGUGAGAGUAGGUAGCAUUAACCCAGUAGCAGCGACGGGUCAAAUUCGUGGCUUUACCGUGUACCAGCGACGGGCCAAAUUCUUGCUAUGAUAUAAACCCCCGCCCAAAAAGACGAUGCAUAGACUGAUCAAAAAUGCGUUGGUAUGUGUUAUGAAAUGGUUGGCGUGAGUGGUGAAUUUUUUCUCAUGAAUUUGCUUAGAGGGGCCUUUAAGAAACAUGGUCCCCGCAGCUACCGGGUUAAAGAAUACAUACCUAACCCUCUGAAGGUACACAGAGAGGAUCAGAACCCCUAAGCAUCUCUGGACUAAAUAGAUUCAAAUCCUACCCAAUACAGGAGAAUGGAAGCAAAUAGCAUACACGGAAGCCUUCUUAGUUAAGCCUCUCGGAACCCUUUGUAUCGCGGUAGAGCUUUGUGCAUUUCGAUUCUGUAUUCCCCCACACCCCGCUAGAACUUUUAGGAGUAGGAGUGUCAAUGUGUCUUAAGCAUAAUACUAUAUAGAGAGAUCAAAUAUUUUUUUUACAACAUACCUCUAACCAGAAACAGAAGAAUGCAUAUUUAUUUACCUGGAUUGAUAUUGUUUGUACUAAUGUUACGGCUGAAUUUUUGUUUGUUUUCCUCUCACGCUCGAAGAAGAUUGGUUAGUUUUUUACUUUUAUAUAUAUUCUACUGCUUACCUCAUUAAAAAGAGAGAUAUUGGUGUGUCGAGUUUAGAUUUACCGUCAAAGUCCCCUUGUCAAUUUUUUUCGUUUUACAGUUUCUACUUAAGUUAAAAUAGAGAGAUUGGCGUGUCGAGUCCAAAAUUAUAAAAAUCUCCAUAUAUUGAUUUUUUCAUUUACUAUUUUCUACUUAAUUUAAAAUAGAGAUUGAUAUGUCUGGUUGAGAUUCAUUGCCAAAGUCGCCAUAUAUUGAUUGUGUCGUUUAAUAUUUCUACUUAAAACAGCGAAAUGUGUGUCUGCUUGAAAUUCAACAUCAAAGCCAUAUUAAUUUUAAGUAUGUUUUCCUGGUGGGCUUAUCAAAUGGCGUUAACUUAGGCAGGAUACCCACUAUCUUGUUUUGACGGGAAUAUUGGAUGUUUUAUGUCCUUCCUGAUGUCUUUAUCCCUUGCAUCUGCGCUCCGAGGCCACAAGGUGAUUGGAUAUUAAAAGGUAAAUACUCUCCUCAGGUCACAAGCAGAGAAAUGGAAUGGAAAACGGGAUAGUGGGAACCCUGCCUGAGUAUACACGAUGUCCGUACUCACUAGCCGCAGCCCAAAUAAUUAUGAUUCUCCCUUAUUUUACGUGCCAAGUCGGUCUUUUAUUUUUUUAUCUUCUCACAAAUCUUAAGUGCCAUGUUGCCAGUUGAUCCAGUGCUGUACCGUCCCUUGGUUGAGGAAUUCAUCACUACAUUGGUUCCUCUGUUUUAUAUGUCCUUGAUUUUUUUUAUGUGAAUUUCGGUUUCUUCGUUUCUCUCUCGUCAUUGCGCUCUCCCUUUCUUGCGUCAUCAUUGUUAUUCUUCGUCCUCUUCAGUGAUUUGUUUCUUUUUAAAUAAAUGUCACUCAGU